AUGGGUGGAGAUUUUGAAAUGAACAUGAUGGGUGAGUUAAAUUUCUUUCUUGGUUUUCAAAUGAAGCAAACUGAAGAAGGGAUCAUGAUUCAUCAACAGAAGUAUAUUAAAGAACUGAUCAAGAAAUAUAAGCUUGAAAAUUCUAAGACCAAUAGGACCCCUAUGGGUGUUGCAACAAAGCUUAAUGAAGACCUAUCUGGAACUUACAUAGAUCAGAAUAUGUACCGAUAUAUGAUUGGAUCUCUACUUUACUUACCAGCCAGUAGACCUGACAUAUCUUUUAGUGUAGGUUUAUGUGCCAGAAGUGACUCAUUUGAGUUAAAUGGUUUUACUAACGCUGACUAUGCAGGUGACUUGGUUAAUAGAAAGAGCACUUCAAGUAUGGUACAGUUUUUAGGACCGUGUUUAAUAUUUUGGGGUUCCAAGAAAAAAAACACAGUUGCAUUAUCUACAGCUGAAACUGAAUAUGUAGCUGCAAUAGCAUGUUGUUCUCAAAUGUUAUGGAUAAUGCUACAAGUUAGAGAUUUUGGUAUUUUAUUUGAGUUUGUUCCUAUUUACUGUGACAAUUACUAG